AUGGCAACGAGGAGAGGCCCUCCGUGGAAGGGUCGCCUUCAUUCAUGUCGCUGCCGGAGCCUGUCAGGAGGCGACUGAGCAAUUUUAGCCGGACCGUUUUUACCGACAACAACCGCACCGGUCCCGAGAGCCGAAGCGACAAUAUCCCAGAUAACGAACUCGUCUCAAAUUUGCCCUUGCAGAUGUCCCUCUAUUUCAACCUUUACUUUUUCCCAUUUUGGUGGGUGAGCAGUGUUGUCAUGCUACAACUGAAGUAUCCAGUCCUACCAGACUACUACAAAUUCAUUCUGGUGACGAUCACGAUAUUAACUUCUCUGAUAGAGGCUAUCCGUCUAUAUCUGGGAUACAUGGGCAACUUACAGGAGAAGGUUCCUGAAUUGGCUGGCUUUUGGCUCCUGAGUCUCUUUUUGCAACUACCCUUAAUCCUCUUCCUGCUUUUCAACGAAGGUCUGAAGAUCCAGCCGCUAGAGCGAGCCGUCCACAUCAUCUUUGUAGCCUUUCUCAUUUUCCAAGUCGUCAUUGCCUUUCUUACUCUAAAAAAAAUGGUGAAUCAGCUGGCAACUCGGUUCCGCCUCCACGAAUUUGACCAGCUGGACAAUCCUCUCCCGUCCAAUAAUCAGGGUGGGCAGAAAACAAAAGUAGAAACUCCAAGGGUGGUGGGUUCCCCUAUGGAAGGAAUUCAUUCCACCAGUAUUGGCUGGGGGUCUGCAGUGAGGGCGUAACGGUAUUAUGGAGCAUUUAUCUGUCGAAAAAUGGUUCCUGUUGCAUUUAUUAUUGGUGUUUCAUUAGAGCUCACGUUGUGAAACAGAGCAAAAAGCUGCUCUUCCACAAAGCAGCUGAGAUGGGGAAUUCACCUGCCUGUCUUCAUUAUAGGCUGAUCUAGAUGAAUUGAAACAUGAAACCCAUGAAAAGUAUCACUGUGAGAAGAUCCUGCUUGUCUCAUUGCAGCAAAGAGCAGGGAAUUAGUUUUCCAUCUUGCUCAUGGUACCUUUCAAAUGUAAGCCAUGUGGAUUUUGCCUUCCCCUGUAAUGUUCAAGCAUAUGUUCCUCACAGACAUUCACCCACAGAAAAAAAUUAUCACUAUCAGCUCUCUGACUUCACAGUUCAUUUUAAUGCUUGGCAGGCAAUGCGUGAAUGGAGAUUUUUUUUGUUUUAAACUUUGGGUACAGGGGAGUUUUUUUUAAAGUUUCA